GAAGAAGAAGAAAAGGAAGAAGAAGAAGAAGAUGAAGAAGAAGACGACGACGACGACGACGACGACGAAGAAGAUGAAGACAUAAAAGAAGGAGAAGAAGAGAAUUAGUUUCACUUUUUUCUUGAUUGUUAAAGCAUUCCUCGAGACAGUCAGAGAGUGCUGAACCUGGACAAUGUUUCAAUGAAUCGUCUGGAUUCCUAACAAGAUGAUAGCGAGACUGCUGCACAGAGGAGACUUCCCUAGCCCUAUCUGUGUGUCCUGCAAGAGUGAUGCAUCAAAGGACCUUCACUUUGACUUUAAAGUAGAGCCCUUAUCUGCUGAAGAGAUAAUCCAGCUACAGAGCCCAGACUCACCCGAUCCUAGUUGUGCAUCAUGCAGGAGUGAUACAUCAAAGGAUAUUGUCAUCUUCUUUAAAAUACAUUCAUCAUCUCCUAAACAAAUACAUGAACAGAAAAGCUCUCAGAAGUGUUUCUGCCUACAAUAUAGUGAAGAUUGUGUAAAUCUGUGGGAGGAUGGAAAAGUGUUGGUAGAGGGACCAUUACCAGAUAUAAAGCAAGACCUUGACAAAGUUCACCUGAAGCAGCUAAUUGAUCAAAUUGUCAAAAAUGCUGAUGCUGCAGUUUGCCAACGUAAACUUAAAUCUGCGUUGACAAAUAAGUUUCAGUGUGUGUCUGAAGGGAUUGAUAAGGCAGGAAACUCAACUCCUCUGAAUAAGAUCUACACAGACCUCUACAUCACAGAGAGUGGAACCAGAAAGGUGAAUGAAGAACAUGAGUUUAGAUACAUCGAAACAGUUUCCAGAAAGCAAAACCGAGAAGAAGUGACAAUCGGACUGGAACAGCUCUUCAGAAGUUCACCUGGACAAAAUAACCCAGUCAGAACAGUGAUAACGAGGGGAGUGGCUGGCAUUGGGAAAACUGUCCUAACACAGAAGUUCACGCUGGACUGGGCUGAAAACAAAACCAACAAGGACAUCCAGUUCGUAUUCCCCUUCACAUUCAGGGAGCUGAAUGCUCUGAAAGGGAAAGAGUUCAGCUUGGUGGAACUUGUUCAUCAUUUCUUUACUGAAACCAAGGAAAUCUGCGGGUUUAAUGAGUUCCAGGUCAUAUUUAUAUUUGAUGGUCUGGAUGAGUGUCGACUUCCUCUGGACUUCAAAAACAAUGACAUCCUGACUGACAUUACCAAGCCUGUCUCAGUGGAUGCACUUCUGACAAACCUCAUCAGAGGGAAAUUGCUUCCCACUGCUCGUCUGUGGAUAACCACACGGCCUGCAGCAGCCAGUCGGAUCCCUCCUGACUAUGUUGACAUGGUGACAGAAGUCAGUGGGUUUGAUGACCCACAGAAGGAGGAGUACUUCAGAAAAAGAUUCAGAGAUGAGGAGCUGGCCAGCAAGAUUAUCUCCCAUAUCAAGACAUCAAAAAUCCUCCACAACAUGUGCCACAUCCCAGUCUUCUGCUGGAUCGCUGCUACAGUUGUGGAGAACGUCUAUAAGACAAGUCAGACCAAAGAGCUGCCAAAGACAAUGACUGAGAUGUACAUCCAUUACCUGCUGGUCCAAACCAAAGUUAAGAUGGUAAAAUAUGAUGGGGACAAUGAGACAGAUGAACACUGGAGUUCAAAGGGGAAGGAGAUGAUGAAGUCUCUGGGAAAACUAGCUUUUGAACAGUUGCAGAAAGGAAACUUGAUCUUUUAUGAAUCGGAUUUGAGAGAAUGUGAAAUCAGUGUCCAAGGUGCUUCAGAGUACUCUGGAAUGUUCACACAGAUUUUUAAAGUAGAGAGAAUGCUGUCUGAUGUCAAACUCUUCAGCUUUGUACAUUUGAGUAUUCAGGAGUUUCUUGCUGCUCUUUAUGUCCAUUUGACCUUUACAGAGUCUGGUGUCAAUCGUCUGAAAGAAAACACCCUGCCAACAUUGUCCACAUUGUGGAAGAAACCACCGAUCCUCAGCUUUUACCACAGUGCUGUGAACAAGACCUUACAGACACCAAAUGGGCACCUAGAUUUGUUCCUUCGCUUUCUGUUGGGACUUUCAGUGGAGACAAAUCAGAAACUCCUGCAUGGCCUGUUGAAACAAACGGAAGAAAGCUCUCAGAUCAAUCAGAAAACUGCCCAAUACAUUAAAGAGAAGAUUAACGAGAAUCUGUCUACAGAGAAAAGCAUAAAUCUGUUCCACUGUCUGAAUGAGCUGAAAGAUGGUUCUCUAAUGCAAGAGAUCCAGCAGUUCUUAUCUGCAGGAACACUACGCACUGAUAAGUUGUCUCCUGCUCAGUGGUCGGCCCUGGUCUGCUUCUUAUUAUCUUCAGAAGAAAAUCUUGAUGUAUUCGACUUCAGCAGAUUUUCUGUCUCUGAAAACAUUCUUCACAGGCUGCUGCCAUUGAUCAAAGUCUCAAAGAAAACUGUACUGACUUUCUGUGUCCUUUCACAAAGAAGUUUUGAAGCUUUGUCCUCAGUUCUCAGCACCAAGUCUGCUUUGAGGGAGCUGGAUCUUAGUAACAACAACAUGCAAGAUUCAGGAAUGAAACAGAUUGUUGAGGGACUGAAGAGCCCAAACUGCGUACUCAAAACUCUUAGAAUGAGUGGUUGCUCCAUCUCAGAGAGAAGUAUUGACAUCUUACAUCCACAGCUGAGCAGCUUAUCUCGACUGAGAGAGCUUGACCUGAGCAACAACAUCCUGCAAGGUUCAGCAGUGAAUAAGUUGUCUGAGGGACUGAGACAUUCAUUUUGUCAACUGGAAAUUCUCAGACUGAAUCUUUGUUGCCUCUCAGAAGCUAGUUGUGAAGCUUUGUCUGCAGUUCUCAGCUCCGGGUCUGCUAGCCUUAAAGAGCUGGACCUAAGUAACAACAACCUGCGGGAUUCAGGAGUGAAGCUGCUAUCAACUGGACUGGAGAGUUCAUACUGUAGGCUAGAAACUCUAAGACUGUCUGGCUGUAUGGUCACAGGAGAAGGAUUUGCUUCUGUGGCAUCAGCUUUGAAUUCCAACUCUUCCUGUCUGAAAGAACUCGAUCUGACCUACAACCAUUCAGAUGACGCUGGAGUAAAGCUUCUGUCUGCUAAUUUGAAGGAUCCACAGUCCAAGCUUGAAGUUCUCAGAAUACAUCCAGCUGGAGUCAAGUGGUUAACACCAGGACUGAGGAAAUAUUACUGUAAACUCACAGUCGACACAAACUCGGUGAACCGGAAUGUGAAACUUUCAGACAACAACACAAAGGCAUCCUAUGUGGAGGAGGCUCAGCCAUAUCCCGAUCAUCCAGACAGGUUUGAGAAGAACCAUCAGGUGAUGUGUUCAAAUGGCCUGACAGGUCGCUGUUACUGGGAGGUCGAACUGAUGGGAGGGGUUCACACUUCAGUGAGUUACAAAGGAAUUAUCAGGAGAGGAGAGGGAAAUGAUGGCUGGUUUGGUGGAAAUGACCAAUCCUGGACUUUGUUCUUUGAUGGCAAGUCUUACUCUCUUUGGCACAAUAAAAAAGGAAUAUCCAUCCCUUAUACCACAGUGGUCACUUCCACUUCAUCUCACAGAGUAGCAGUGUAUUUGGACUGGCCGGCAGGAACAUUGUCCUUCUACAGAGUCUCCUCGGACACAUUGAUCCACAUCCACACUUUCCACACCACGUUCACUGAAGCUCUUUAUCCAGGAUUUGGAUUGUGGUCUUGGGUCAAUCGUCCAAAAGGUUCAUCAGUGCAUUUGAUCGCUUUAUUUGAGUGAUCAGGUCUUUUAGCACAAUGAGACAGAGAGGUACCAAGCUUAUCAGCUUAACCAGCUUCUUUGCUAUGUUGACGUUACAAUUUACUUGCAGUAUGAUUUAACUCUUAUUUUGUUACAAUAUAAACUGUUUUGUCAAAGUUAUUUAUUCGUGUAUUUAUUCAUUUAUGUAUUUUUUUAAUGAAAUGCUUUUUAAUGGCAUGUAAUAGUAAAACUCAAUGAGCCAGUAAAUGAUGGUUAAGAAGCUUAUCCAGAAAUAUUCUUUGACAUUGUUAUAAAUAGUCUUUGUAUUUUAUGUAUAAAUGCUAAUUAUAUUUUCAGACAAGACUUGGCACUUACACACACUGCCAAAAUUACAAGGUUCAGAGCAUGUUGUCUUUUAAUCUUGAGUACAAAAGGUCAUUUAUUAGGAUAAAAUAAUAUCCAUUGGUGGUUUUGAAUGAUACUGAAAGAAUUUGAAUGUGACUCAAAGGAAUUAAUUCUGCUUAAAUAUUUCCAACCAGCACUUUUAGUACUCGAUCGAAUCUGUUUAUAUCAAAGAGAUGAAUCAAAGGAGAAAUAACUAAUUUUUUACAUGGAGACAGAUUGUUAUUGAGGACAGGGAAAAAUAAUUGUACUUGUUUUAUUAUAACUGAGCUGUACUGUAGUGUGUUUGUGUACAUUCAAAUCUGCCUUUAGAAACUUUGAUUUGACUGUCAUUUAAGAAUUACUGAAUUUAAGGACUGUAUUUUGUUGCAUUAUAUUAAAUGUUCAAUAUGUUGCACUUUCAUGCUCAGGAGAAGAGGGGUAUCCCCGCUUAUUUUCUGAUGUAGCAGAAGGGCAAUGCAAUUUUUAAACUGGGCAUAUUUUACAUGAAUAACAGUAAGCUGUUACAGAACUAAGAGAAACGUUACAUGAGGGACUUUGCAUGUGUGGAGAAAUACCCAAGCAAAAACAAAAAACAGGUUUAAGAAAAAAAUGUGUCAUGAUUUUAUUAAACAUGUACUUUUGUACAAAGAUGACUAUGGAAAACUAAUGAUACAAGUGGUUAUCAAUGUUUUUCUCAGGGUUUCAGGGAUUUGGUGUUGUCUACCUUUCAUUGAACUUAUGUUACCUGUCUAAUUACGUAAUUAACAUGAACAGCUACAUAUUUCUGAGUUUUUAAUAUAGAUUAUGUAUAUGAUAUGUAUUGAGCUCAAAUGCUCAAGCUGCAAAUAUUUCUAUUUUACUGACAUCAAAUUUCUUUUGAAAAGGUUCAUCUUUACCAGAAUUGGCAAUAUCACUUUAAAUGAUUACCGUAAAUUAAAUUUUUCAAAAAAUAACUUUACGUUUUUUUUACGCGAUAACAUUAUUGUACAGCAGUAUCUUUUCUCCUGGUAAUAAACUCUUGUUUAAUUUCCUUUUGUAUAUAGUAAAUAGUUUUUCAUCCUAAAUAUAUAUGCUCCUAAGUUUUAUUCACUCGAGUCACACGCUCAUUUUACUUGCUGAUUGCUUUAAGUUUUUUCAUGCCUCUCAGGCAAUUUUUUAUUUGGAUUUUUGUUCUCUUUGAGUUACUACAUAUGUAUUUCAGUUGUCUCUGAAAGUUAUUAAAAGUAAAUUUUUACCCAUCUA